CCGCGCACCCCUCGCGCUCCAGCAUGAGCGGCGGCGGCGGCUCCUCGCCACCCGGCCGCUUCGCCGACUACUUCGUCAUCUGCGGGCUGGACACCGAGACGGGCUUGGAGCCGGACGAGCUCUCUGCUUUAUGCCAGUAUAUACAGGCCUCUAAAAUCCGAGAUGGUGCCGGCUGUUUCAUUUCAAGUGCAACAGAAGGGGAAAACUUUGAACAGACACCUUUAAGACGCACAUUUAAGUCCAAAGUUCUUGCUCGCUAUCCUGAGAAUGUUGAAUGGAAUCCCUUCGACCAGGAUGCCGUGGGAAUGCUGUGUAUGCCGAAAGGCCUUGCUUUCAAGACCCAAGCAGAUUCCAGAGAACCUCAGUUCCACUCUUUCAUUAUUACUCGUGAAGAUGGCUCACGGACAUUUGGAUUUUCUCUCACAUUUUUUGAGGAAGUCACUAGUAAGCAGAUCUGCAGUGCAAUGCAGACGUUAUAUCAUAUGCACAAUGCUGAGUAUGACAUUUUUCAUACUCCACCCCCAAAUGACAAAGAUAGCUGCAGCAGCACAGGAGACUGCAAUGGCACUUCUGUUUCAAAGCUACAGCGCUUUAACUCGUAUGAUAUCAGCAGAGACACCCUGUAUGUCUCGAAGUGCAUCUGUUUGAUUGCACCCAUGUCUUUCAUGAAAGCCUGUAAGAAAGUACUAGAGCAACUUCACCAAGCUGUGACUUCGCCUCAGCCACCACCUCUACCUUUGGAAAGCUACAUCUACAACAUUCUCUAUGAGGUUCCUCUUCCUCCAGCAGGAAGGUCGUUAAAAUUUUCAGGUGUUUACGGACCGAUUGUCUGCCAGAGGCCAAGCACCAGUGAACUUCCGUUGUUUGAUUUUCCUGUUAAAGAAGUUUUUGAAUUGCUUGGAGUAGAAAAUGUGGUUCAGCUCUUUACCUGUGCCCUCUUGGAAUUUCAGAUCCUGCUUUAUUCACAGCAUUAUCAGAGACUGAUGACUGUGGCAGAGACCAUCACAGCGCUGAUGUUUCCAUUUCAGUGGCAGCAUGUGUAUGUUCCUAUCCUUCCAGCUUCCCUCCUUCAUUUUCUAGAUGCUCCUGUCCCUUACUUGAUGGGAUUGCACUCCAAUGGGUUGGAUGACAGGUCCAAGCUAGAGCUGCCUCAAGAGGCAAAUUUAUGCUUUGUGGAUGUAGACAACCAUUUCAUCGAGUUGCCAGAAGACCUGCCCCAGUUUCCAAAUAAGCUUGAGUUCGUUCAGGAAAUAUCGGAGAUAUUGAUGGCUUUUGGAAUCCCACCUGAGGGAAACCUUCACUGCAGUGAGAGUGCCUCCAAGAUGAAGAGCCUUAGAGCAUGUGAUAUAGUUUCUGAUAAAAGAAAUGGGAACAUAGCGGGAUCACCUUUGAAUUCCUGUGAGCUGCUCAAGGAAAAUGAGACCAUCGCAAGACUGCAGGCCCUUGUGAAAAGAACAGGUGUGAGCCUAGAGAAGCUGGAGGUGCGAGAAGAGACCAGUAGCAAAAAGGAUCUUAAAAUUCAGUGUGAUGAAGAAGAGUUCAAGAUUUACCAGCUGAAUAUUCAGAUUCGUGAAGUUUUUGCCAACCGCUUCACACAGAUGUUUGCAGAUUAUGAAGUAUUUGUCAUUCAGCCCAGCCAGGACAAGGAAUCUUGGUUUACCAACAGGGAGCAGAUGCAAAACUUUGAUAAAGCAUCUUUCUUGUCCGACCAGCCUGAACCUUACUUACCUUUCCUCUCAAGAUUCCUGGAGACCCAAAUGUUUGCAUCUUUUAUUGACAACAAGAUUAUGUGUCAUGAUGAAGAUGAAAAAGACCCAGUUCUGAGAGUAUUUGAUUCCAGAGUGGAUAAAAUUAGGCUGCUAAAUGUUAGGACACCAACUCUACGCACGUCUAUGUAUCAGAAAUGCACAACCAUUGAUGAGGCUGAGAAAGCUAUUGAAUUGAGGCUAGCAAAAAUAGAUCACACUGCAGUCCACCCCCACUUGCUGGACAUGAAAAUUGGACAAGGAAAAUAUGAACUUGGAUUUUUUCCCAAGCUUCAAUCUGAUGUCCUUUCCACUGGACCAGCAAGCAACAAGUGGACGAAGAGAAACGCUCCUGCACAGUGGAGGCGGAAGGACAGACAGAAGCAACAUACAGAGCAUCUGCGUCUUGACAAUGACCAGAGAGAGAAAUAUAUCCAAGAAGCCAGGAAUCUGGGCAGUACCAUUCGGCAGCCCAAACUGUCUAACCUCUCUCCUUCAGUAAUCGCGCAAACAAAUUGCAAGUUUGUAGAAGGCUUAUUGAAGGAAUGCCGAAAUAAGACCAAGAGGAUGCUGGUUGAAAAAAUGGGUCGAGAAGCAGUGGAACUAGGUCAUGGUGAGGUGAAUAUCACAGGUGUGGAAGAGAAUACCCUGAUAGCCAGUCUGUGUGAUCUCUUGGAAAGGAUAUGGAGCCAUGGUCUGCAGGUCAAACAGGAUAGAAGCUGUACUGCUUUCAUCUUAGAAGACAGAGCAUCAGUAUACUCUGCUUCAACUCAGAUUUGGGCCUUUCAGACCAGCAGACGGUCAACCCUACAUAAGGGAAAAUCGGCUUUGUGGUCUCAUCUGUUGCAUUACCUAGAAAACAGGCAGAAAAAAGUUACAUCGGGCAGCUUCAGUUCCUCAGGAAUACUUCUUGAGUCAGAAAGGAGAAAGUCGGAUGCCAGCACAGCCAUGUCACCUCUUAGAAUCUCUCUCGUCCAGGAUAUGAGGCACAUACAGAACAUCAGUGAGAUCAAAACAGAUGUUGGCAAAGCUAGAGCCUGGGUUCGGCUGUCUAUGGAGAAGAAGUUGCUCUCUAGGCAUCUAAAGCAGCUACUUUCAGAUCACGAGCUCACCAAGAAACUCUACAAGCGUUAUGCGUUCCUGCGCUGUGAUGAUGAGAAAGAACAAUUUUUGUAUCAUCUCCUGUCAUUCAAUGCAGUUGAUUACUUUUGUUUUACCAAUGUUUUCACAACAGUCUUGAUACCAUACCAUAUAUUGGUUGUUCCUAGCAAGAAACUUGGUGGUUCGAUGUUUACAGCCAAUCCGUGGAUCUGUAUUUCAGGAGAACUGGGUGAAACAGGUGUCCUGCAGGUUCCCAGGAAUAUAUUAGAAAUGACAUUUGAGUGCCAAAACCUGGGAAAACUGACCACAGUACAGAUAGGACAUGAUAAUUCCGGACUGUAUGCCAAGUGGCUAGUGGAAUAUGUUAUGGUCAGAAAUGAAAUUACAGGGCAUACUUACAAGUUUCCCUGUGGAAGGUGGCUUGGAAAGGGCAUGGAUGACGGUAGCUUGGAGAGGAUCCUCGUGGGAGAGUUGUUGACUUCCCACACAGAGGCUGAUGAGCGGCAGUGCCGGACUCCUCCGCUGCAGCAGUCACCAAGCAUGAUCAGGAGGCUGGUCACCAUCUCGCCGAACAACAAGCCGAAAUUAAAUACUGGUCAGAUACAAGAAGCUAUUGGUGAAGCUGUCAAUGGCAUUGUCAAGCACUUUCACAAGCCAGAGAAAGAGAGAGGCAGUCUCACACUGUUGCUCUGUGGAGAAAGUGGACUUGUUUCAGCUCUUGAGCAAGUGUUUCAACAUGGAUUUAAAUCACCCAGGCUCUUCAAAAACGUCUUUAUUUGGGACUUUUUAGAAAAAGCACAAACAUAUUAUGAGACUCUUGAGCAGAAUGAAAUGGUUCCUGAAGAGAACUGGCAGACAAGGGCCAGGAAUUUCUGCCGCUUUAUCACUGCUAUCAACAACACACCUAGAAACAUUGGGAAGGAUGGCAAGUUUCAGAUGCUGGUGUGUCUUGGAGCCAGAGACCAUCUUUUGCACCACUGGAUCGCUCUGCUUGCAGACUGCCCGAUCACAGCACAGAUGUAUGAAGAAGCAGCACUGAUUAAGGACCAUACACUUGUGAACUCUUUGAUUCGGGUGCUGCAGACCUUGCAGGAGUUCAACAUCACGUUGGAGGCAUCCCUCGUCAAAGGAAUUGAUAUUUGACCUCUUGUCCCGUAGAUGAAUAUCUUAAAAUUAGAAAACUGGGGUGGGGGGAGGCAACAAGGAGUCAGUCAUUAGUAUGCAAAGUUCUGUCUGCCAGUACAUUGUAUCGUGAACUCGUUCAUGGCCCCAAAAUGCAACUUUGACUUUUCUUGAAGGAUACUCCAAUAAUAGUGCAGGCAAGAGGAUAGAAGCUGUAAACUCAAUGUAAAAAAGAGGAUUUUGGUAUAAAUCUAUUUUAGAGUUUAUUUGCUGAUUUGCUUUUUACACACUUUCAUGUGAAAGAGAUAGAGAUGAGUAUUGUGCAGCUUAUUUUAAAGCUGCAAUAUUUCCUUGCCAUAGAAAACGUGCAGUGAGCCUUUCAGCAUUCUGUGAACUUGCCCUCAGAUAUGCUGUAUGUCAUAGACCCCAAUAUAUACACUCCAUUUCUGCUAAGAAGGUCAUUCUAUAGUUUUUAAACUAAUCUUUUAUAUAUUAACAUUAUUACCAAUGUUUAAUUUUUAACAUGUUGGAUCACUGUUCUACUGCAAGGGAACUACAAAUUCUUUGUGCUUUUUUUAAUAGCUCCAAAGCACUGAUUUGUCAACAAAUCACUUUUUCCUUUAUUUUUGUUGUCAGUAUUAUUUUUAGUGAAUUCCAGGAGACUGAACCGUGAAAUGUGCAGAGAUCAAAGUAAUAUUUUUCAUAUUGGUACAUAAUUGCACAGAGGAAAUUAAGCGUGUUUUUUAACCGAUGUUUUUAUUUAUUUAACCUAUUGUUGUGUUUUGUAAGUUUGUCUUUAAAAAAAAAUCUUCUAUGAUAUAACUGGCUAUGUUGUGUUGCAAUUCAGAACUUACAGUGCAGCCCACUUAAAUGAAAAACCUAGAAUAACUGUUUAUAAUGAAAAAAUGUUUCCACUUGAACCACCCUUUCAAAAUUUAUUAUAUGGUUGCUGCUGAUAUUUCUACUAACUGCAACUAAGGGUGGACCGGGGUUCCCAAAGGCCAAAUGACUGAAUAAAGACAACUGUGAUGCAGUGGAAUAAUGGGAAGCCUUACUUAACAAAUACUGGGACUUCAGGAUUUAACUUUUCUAAAGAAACAGAAAUAUUUUUCCCCUUUUUCUUUUGAAUUGAUACACUUUGGGUCCUGUUAUUGCAAUCAGCUUCAUUUGGGAUGCUUCUGUUUUUCCAUAGAAGAUUUUAGUCUAGUUGUACAAAAAAAACACAAAGCAUUUGGAAAGUUUAAUUUAUUGUAGAGCUGGAAAUUGGCAAUACCAAGAGGCAUCUUGGUUCAUUUGAAACCUCUGGUGAAAUCACUUUGAAGUGCAUAUGUGACUUAAGAACAAGCCAGUUUUCAAGUGUCACAAAUUACCAUACAGAAGUUCAGGGCUGUGUAUUUAAGAGGUCUUCACUGUAUAAACUUAUCUCAGUAUUGUCUCUCUUCUAAUGAGAAGCUGAG